GUUUUCAGAUUGAGAAGUUUUCAUAUAACAUGCUUUGAAAGAACUUCUUUUAUGCAAAUAAUGCCACAAUUGUUUUGUAAGUGAAACACAAGCUGGGCCAACCUCUGUCUGCAGGAUGUAUUCAGGUGAGGUGUAUUUGCAAGUGACAAAAGAGCAGCUCUGUGCUGGAGGUUACAGUGUUGGAAUAGAGAAAAAACCUGGGCCAGAUGCACAUGAAGAGACACCAAAUGUCAUGAGAAUUAGAUCUCUGACAAUGAAGCCUUUUACUGCAUAUGCCUCUGGGUUUAUCGUAUUCCUGUUUGCCUUGCUGCAGAGGAGCCAUGGACAAUGCAAAGAAGCAGCUAAAAAAUCAGAGAUGAAUCUUGGUGUAAAAUACGAUCUUCCUAACUUCGUUGCAGACACACCAAUUCAGAAUGUAGUUUUAUACAAGCAUCAUGUUUAUAUUGGAGCAGUCAAUAAGAUUUAUGUACUAAAUGAAACUCUGCAGAACGUCUCUGUGUACAAGACUGGGCCUGUUUUGGAGAACCCUGACUGUGCACCAUGUGAGGACUGCCGAGAUAAAGCCAAUUUAUCUAACAGCAUAUGGAAGGAUAACGUCAACAUGGCACUGCUUUUAGAAACUUACUAUGAUGAUCAGCUCAUUAGCUGUGGUAGUGUGUCCGGGGGCAUCUGCCACCGUCACAUCAUUCACCCUGACAACCCUGCUGACAUUGAAAGUGAGGUGCACUGCAUGUACUCACCCCAGGCAGACGGAGAGGCGGACAACUGUCCUGACUGUGUGGUUAGCACUUUAGGAACCAAAGUUUUGGUGACUGAAAAAGACAGGUUUGUCAACUUCUUUGUUGGAAAUACUGUGACAUCUACAUUUCAACCUCCACAUGUGCUGCAUUCAAUAUCAGUUAGAAGAUUAAAAGAAACACAGGACGGUUUUGAGUUUCUCACGGAUCAAUCUUAUAUAGAUAUCCUCCCUCAGUUCCGUGACUCGUAUCCCAUUAAGUAUGUCCAUGCCUUUGAAAAUGAUCACUUUGUCUAUUUUUUGACUGUACAGAGAGAAGCUCUUGACUCACAGUCUUUUCACACUAGAAUUAUCCGUUUCUGCACUUUAGACUCAGAGAUGCGUUCCUACAUGGAAAUGCCUCUUGAGUGCAUUUUUACAGAAAAGAGGAGGAGGAGGUCCAUCCGAAAGGAGGUAUUCAACAUUCUGCAAGCUGCCUACGUAAGCAAGCCCGGUGCAGCUCUAGCACACGAGAUGGGCCUUGGGCUCAAUGAUGAUAUCCUCUAUGGUGUUUUUGCACAAAGCAAACCAGACUCUUCUGAACCAACCAACCGAUCUGCUGUCUGUGCCGUCUCUGUGCGAACCAUCAACGAGUUCUUCAACAAGAUUGUUGACAAGCAGAACAUGAAGUGUCUCCAACACUUUUACGGGAAAGACAGCAAAUACUGCUUGAACAGGGCUUUUUCAAGAAACGCUUCAUACUGCAGAGCGCAGGAUGAUGAAUAUCGCUUAGAAGUGACGACUCCUCUGCAGAGGGUUGACUUGUUCAUGGGCCAGUUCAACAGUGUCCUGUUAACUUCAAUAUCCAUCUUCACCAAAGGGAACCUCACCAUUGCUAAUCUGGGAACUUCAGAGGGCCGCUUCAUGCAGAUAGUGGUUUCCCGUUCAGAACCCACAGCUCCACACGUCAGCUUUCAGCUAGACUCCCACCCCAUCUCUCCCCAGGUUGUUGUCAAGAAUUCAUUAGCAGAUGAUGGCUAUACCCUGGUAGUGACUGGGAGAAAGAUAACAAAGAUCCCUCUGAAGGGGCCAGGCUGCCAUCACUUCAGGUCCUGCAGCCAGUGCCUGCUGGCACCAGCCUUCAUGCAGUGUGGCUGGUGCAGCCAGCAGUGCCUCAGGGCUUCUGAGUGCCCCAGCAACACCUGGACCCAGGACACCUGCUUGCCUAGCAUUUAUGAGAUUCUCCCGAGCAGUGCUCCCAUAGAAGGUGGGACAAAAUUGACACUGUGUGGAUGGGACUUUGGAUUCAGCAAAAAUAACAGAUUUGAGUUAAAAAAUACAGUAGUCCAUAUUGGGGGACAAAUUUGUCCUCUAGAAGCAAAGUCUAGCAACAAAAAUAGGCUGGAGUGCACAGUUCCUGCUGCAAAAAGUCCAGGUUUUAAUAUAUCCAGUAGUGUUUCUGUUGGACAUGGCAAAACACUGUUCAAUACAUUUUCAUACGUGAAUCCUGUAAUAACAAGUAUAUCUCCCACCUAUGGCCCCAAAUCUGGAGGAACAUUGCUGACUGUAGCUGGAAAAUACCUAAACAGUGGGAAAUCCAUGAGAAUUUUUGUUGGUGAGCAACCAUGCAUUUUGAAAAGUCCUCCCAGCAUUUCAGCAAGCACUGUGGAGUGCUACACUCCAGCACAGCAAAUUCCCCAGGAAUAUCGUGUGAGAAUGGAAAUCGAUGAAGCUAUUCGAGACACAAGCAGACCUUUCACAUACAGAGAAGACCCAGUUGUUUUAAGCAUUCAUCCAGCCAAAUCUUUUCUUAGUGGUGGAAGUACAAUUACAGCUCAGGGAAUCAACUUGAACUCAGUGUGCUUUCCUCAGAUGGUGAUUACUGUACCUAAACUAGGAAUGAACUUCUCUGUGGCGUGCAGCCACCGCUCUAGCUCAGAGAUAAUCUGCUGUACAACACCUUCACUGAAAGCCUUCAAUCUCCAACCACCCUUUGUAACCAAAGUGUUCUUUAUUUUUGAUGGUGUCAGCUCCUUUUACUUUGAUUUUGAUUACGUAAAUAAUCCUGUAUUUAAGCAUUUUGAAAAGACAGUGUUCAUCUCAAGAGGCAACCAAAAUGUUCUGGAAAUUAAGGGAAAUUAUAUUGACUCAGAAGCUGUUAAAGGCGAGGUGCUAAAAGUUGGAAAUAAAAGCUGUGAAAACCUUCUCCUGCAGUCUGAAUCAAUUCUCUGUACGGUUCCCAGUGAUCUCCUGAAAUCCAACAGUGAGCUAAAUAUAGAGUGGAAGCAAGAAGUUUUGUCAACAGUUAUCGGAAAAGUGCUGGUCCGGCAAGAUCAGAAUUUCACGGGACUAAUUGCUGGAAUUCUUUCAACAUCAAUCUUAAUUUUUAUCUUUUUGGCGGUUUUCUUCUGGAGAAGAAAGAAAAAACAAAUUAAAGAUCUGGGAAGUGACCUGGUUCGUUAUGAUGGCAGAGUGCACACUCCUCACCUGGACAGGCUGGUGAGUGCAAGGAGUGUAAGUCCAACAACAGAAAUGGUUUCAAGUGAAUCUGUGGACUACAGAUCAACUUUUCUAGAAGAUCAGUUUCCAGGCAUGUCUCAGAAUGGAUCGUGCAGACCUGCCCAGUAUCCUCACUCUGACCUCUCCCCGAUUCUGUCUAGCGGAGACUCAGAUUUAGCCAGUCCACUUCUCCAAACUAAUGUCCACAUUGACAUCAGUGCCUUGAAUCCUGACCUGGUCAAAGAAGUGCAGCAUGUGGUUAUUGGUGCUGACAGCCUGAUUGUGCACUUCAGUGAAGUAAUAGGAAGAGGACAUUUUGGCUGUGUGUAUCAUGGGACAUUGCUGGAUAAUGAUAGCAGGAAAAUUCAUUGUGCUGUGAAGUCACUGAACAGGAUUACAGACCUGGAAGAAGUAGCUCAGUUUCUGAAAGAAGGAAUAAUCAUGAAAGAUUUCACUCAUCCCAAUGUUCUGUCACUCCUGGGAAUCUGUUUGCCCAAUGAAGGAUCCCCAUUAGUUGUUCUUCCAUACAUGAAACACGGAGAUCUUCGAAACUUCAUUAGGAAUGAGACUCAUAAUCCAACAGUAAAAGAUUUAAUUGGAUUUGGCCUUCAGGUUGCAAAAGGAAUGAAAUACCUUGCAAGUAAAAAGUUUGUCCAUAGAGAUUUGGCAGCAAGAAACUGUAUGUUGGAUGAAAAAUUCACUGUCAAGGUUGCUGAUUUUGGUCUUGCUAGAGAUGUCUAUGAUAAAGAAUACUACAGUGUGCACAAUAAAACAGGAGCUAAACUGCCAGUGAAAUGGAUGGCCUUAGAAAGUUUACAAACUCAGAAGUUCACAACAAAGUCAGAUGUGUGGUCCUUUGGUGUAUUAUUAUGGGAACUUAUGACACGAGGGGCACCACCUUAUCCUGAUGUAAAUUCUUUUGAUAUAACUGUUUACUUACUACAAGGAAGAAGGCUGCUGCAACCUGAAUACUGCCCUGAUCCACUGUAUGAAGUCAUGCUGAAGUGCUGGCAUCCGAAACCUGAGAUGCGUCCAGCAUUUUCUGAACUUGUUUCAAAAAUAUCAACAAUCUUCUCCACUUUUAUUGGGGAACACUAUGUCCAUGUCAAUGCUACUUAUGUCAAUGUGAAGUGCAUUGCUCCCUAUCCUUCUCUUCUAUCAUCACAAGACAACACAGACGUGGAUGUUGACACAUGACGGGUAUGUCUGAAAUUAAGGAAAAUCCAUUCUUAGUUGUAUGAACAAAAAGCAAAACAUUUUGUCCACUAGUUUUUACUGCCCGGUCUUUGUGAGAACACUGUUGCACAUGUUUAUGUUGUUGCCCAAGUUGCAGUAGUACAAGGACACAAUAUCAUACUGUUUAGGGAUACCGGAUUCCGUAAACCGUCACAGUAAUUUCCAAGUAUUGGGAGAACGCCAUCAAUUUACCAAAUGGAAAUGGGGUGUGCUACCAUCCAGAGCUGGCUCCCACAGACUGUCACUAAUGUGUGCUCAGACCCAAGAACAAAUGCCAUGAAAGUAGAAUGUCAAUCAGUAUGGCUGGAAGGACUGUUACUGUGCAUGUACUUCAUGAUAACGAGCAGUGCAGAAAUGGUUUCACACAAAAGGCCAAGAAAUGCAAUGAGAAUAACAAGGGUUUAAAUGCAUUUUCAUCCCACGUGGGGCAAACUUUGGAUUUUUGAACUACAUCAAAAAGGUUUCAAAGAACCUAGGCAGCCAAGAUAGCCAGCCUCAUUGUGUCUUAACAGAAAUCAAAUUCAAGAAAUGGUGUGCAGUAAAAUAAGUGUAGAAAAGUAUGAUUGAGGAGUGGGUGAGGAAGGCCAAGACAAAACUAGAACUGAACCUGGCAAGGGAUGCAAAGAAUGACAGAAAGGGCUUCCACAGGUAUGUUAAUCGGAAAAGUAAAGCCAAAGGUGUUCCCCCUCUGUUAAACAAUGCUGGUGGACAAGGAGAAGUCUGAGGUACUUAACUUUCUUUCCUCAGUCUUCAAUGGCAGCAUCUCUUCCCACACCUCCUGAAUGGAUGGACAGCAGGAUGAGGACUGGGAGAGCAGAGCCCCUCCCACUGUAAGCAAGGACCCGGUUCAUGACCACCCAGGGCACCAGAAUGUGCACAGGUCUGUGGGACCUGGUGAAAUGUAUCCCAGAGUCCAGAAGGAAUCGGCUGAUGCAGUUGCCAAGCUGCUCUCCAUGAUAUUCAGAAAGUCAUGGCAGUCAGGGAAAGUUCCAGGUGAUUGGAAAAAGGGGAACAGUGUAUCUCUCUUUAAGAAGAGGACAAAGAACAGAGAACCUGGGAGCUACCAACCUGUCAGCCUCACCUCUGCGCCUGGGAAGGUUAUGGAACAGAUCCUCAGAGAAGGCACAUGAAGGACAGGAUCCUUCACCAGGAUUCAAGACACCAGCACAGUUUAUCCAAGGGCAAAUCCUGCCUGACCAGCCUAGUGGCCUUCCAUGAUGGAGUGACUACACCAGUGAAUAAGGGAAGAGCUACCAGGUAUCAUUUGUCUGGACUUCUGUAAAGCUUUUGCCAUGGGCCCCCACGACAUCCUUCUUUCUAAAUUGGAGAGAGAUGGAUUUGAUGGGUGGGGUGUUAGAUGGAUAAGAAAUUAGCUGGACAGUCACAUCCAGAGGAUAGUGGUCAAUGGCUCAGAGUCCCAAUGGCCAUCAGUGACAAGUGUGUCCCUCAGGGGUUUGCACUGGGACCAGUGUUAUUUAAUAUCUUCAUUAAUGACAUCGACAAAGGGCACGAGUGUACCCUCAGCAAUUUACAGAUGACACCAAGGUGAGAGGUGCAGCUGACACACCUGAAGGAUGGGAUGCCAUCCAGGGGCACCUGGACAAGCUCAAGAAGUGUGCUGGUGGAGAUGCCAGGAGUUUUAACAGCACCAAAGGCAAGGUGCUGCUGCUGGGUCAGGGCAGCCCCUGCAUCAGCACAGGCUGGGGGAGGAACAGACCCAGAGCAGCCCUGCCAGGAAGGACUUGGGGUGCAUGAGAGGCUGGAUGUGAGCAGGCAAAGUGCCCUCCCAGCCCAGAAAUUCAAUUGUACCCUGGGCUGCUUCAAGGGCAGCAUGGCCAGGGGAGGGGAUUCUGCCCCACUGCUCCACUCUGGUGAGACCCACCUGGAGUGCUGCAUCCAGCUCUGGGGCCCCUUCACAGGAAGGACAUCAAUCAUCAACCAUGAUGACUAGAGAGCUGGAGCACCUCUCCAGUGGGGAAAAGCUGGGAGAAUUGGGAUUGUUUAGCCUGGAAGAGAGAAGGCUUUGGGGUGACCUAAUUGUGGCCUUCUAGUACCUGAAGGGAACUUGCAGGAAAGAUGGAAUAAGACUAUUUAGAAAGGCAUGAAGUAAGAGAAUAAGGUGGAAUCAAUUUAAACUGAAAAACAGUAGGUUUAAAUUAUAUAUAGGGGAAAAAUUCUUUACUGUGAGGGUGGUGAUGAACUGGAACAGGUUGUCCAGGGAAGUUGUGGAUGCUCCAUCCCUGGACUUUUCAACAUUCAUCAAUGUAUCCACAGCAGAGGGGGAGAUCUAUACGAUCUUCAAGGUCCCUUCCAACCUAUGGCCAUUCUGUGAUUCUCUGAUUCUACAUCUUACCAGUUCUCUGGUGUAGUCAGACGGUACAAAAAAAAAAAAAAAAAAAAAAAAAAAAAGGAUUAUCAUCUAGCUUAAAGCAUUCCUAGUGUCAACAUUAUUCCAACAUUCAACCACUUGAGUCAAACAGUCUAUAGCAACAGAUCUCUUGCUGAAAAAUGAAAAGCCUCCAUUCCUUCAAUAAACAAUUAAUCACUCUGAGAAUUAAAACUUGAAGGCUGCUGUCUGGUGAGUCACUUGGUGAGCAGCUGAAGCUCUGCCACCUACCCUUGGGUGAAGUUACUGACAAAGGUAAGGACAGAGGUGUUGUAGGCAGCCCUGACCUAAAAAGACACCACCAUAAGCAGGCAAAUCAGUAACUUCUUCAUACCAGCCCUGAAGAGCAGAGAAGACUGAUCAAAAGAAGAAAUGGCUUUAGGCCCUCUUUACUCUUUUCUUGGAUCACACAACCCAGUGAAUUAUCUACUUUUAGUGCUAAGUUAUGACCAGAGAAACAAUUUUGAAAAGAUAUAGUAAAUAAAACUUCUAUUCAUUAGGGAAGAGUACUAUAACUUUAGGGCAAACAUCACAUGUCAUUUCUGUUCCUGUGGAAUUCUGUGCAUACUACUGUAUAGUUUGUUUAGAAUAGGAUAGAACUGGGUUUGCUGGUGUAAACACAUAAAGUAUUCUAUUUUUAUAUUAAAAAAAAGUUUAUUUUUAAUGACAUUUACAAAGUUUGGUUAGGCCACAGAAUACUGCACUGUGAACAUUUCAGAAAAUGUAUGUCAAUGUACAUGAUUCAUAAACUGUAGCAACCUUAAGAAAUCCUGUGUAAAUAUUAAAAAGGAAAAGAACUGACUGUAAACACACUCCACCCUAGGUCUAAUAUCUCCAUUGCUGCAGGCCAACCAUUUUAAGAUCUUCAAAGAGACGUAAUGCAGAUAAAGAGCUGAUAUAAGGAAGAUAUAUUGUUCUUGGGAGACUGUGUUAUAACUGAAAGAUUUAUAAUGAGGGCAGAGUGUGUAGGCAAGCUAUGAGCAGAUAAUAUUGUAUUGUGUUUCAUCACCACUUUCAUUUCAGAAAUGAACUUUCAUGUCUGCUGAGAGUGAUACUAAUUGUAGAUUGCUCAAGGACAAAAGGCUUUGCUGCAGGCAAAAAAAAAAUCAUCUCUAUGGUUGUUAAAACAGCUAAGGAAGUUUAUGACACAUAGAUUUGGAGAAGUUACUCCAAACUUGUACGUACAUGCUUGAGGAACGCUGCAAUGUGAAACAGAGGACAUUUUUACUAUUUAUGAACUUUUGCUUAAUAAAGUUAAUGUUGUGUCUGGGACACCUGUAAGAAUAUGUGAUUCUGGUAAAGAUUUGAUGUUAGUAAGUUCGUAUAUCUGCAAAGAGCUGAAUGGUACUUAUGUUUAUAGUUGUUGUUAUGACCGAAUAAACAUGUUAUUAAAAUGAA